AUGUUAGAAAAGAGAGAGAUUCAUAUUCAACAACGGCGAAUUGGCAUCAAUAACACAGCAACAGCAUCAGCCAGCAUCACAUCACAUUCUCACCCACUCGAACAGCCCCCAUCUGAAUAUGCCAAGAUAUGCACUCAAAUUAUUUUACUCAAAUUAUUUGUAGUAUCAUUCGCUUUUUUGGCAAUUGCUGCUGCUGCUGUUGCACCAAGCAGUGAAUACUUACCACCUGGUGAGGAACCAUCCAGUGAAUAUUUACCACCUUCUGCUGAAACUAAACUUGCUGAAGAUGGAUAUCGUUACAAAACCAUUCGCAAGCUGAAAUAUAGACAUCGUCGGGAUGUUUCUAGUGAAUAUUUACCACCAUUGUCCGAGCCAAUAGUUGAGUAUUUGCCUCCAGUUGCUGAUACCAAAGUCGCUGAUGAUGGAUAUCGCUACAAGACUGUCCGCAAGCUUAAAUACCGCGCUCGUCAUCGUCGUGAUGUUAGUGAACUGCCAUCUAAUGAAUAUUUACCACCAGUUGAAGAUGCUGUAGCAGUUGCGGCAGCACCAGAAGUUAAGAGUGCUGAAUUAGCUAAAGAUGGAUACCGUUACAAGACUGUGCGUAAGCUCAAGUACAGAAAUCGUCAUCGUCGUGAAGCUGCUAAUGAAUACUUGCCACCAGCAGCAGAAGCUGAAGAAGUUGAAGAAGCUGAGCCAAAAAGUGCUGACUUAGCUGAAGAUGGUUAUCGUUACAAGACCGUUAGGCGUUUGAAAUAUCGUCAUUAAAAAUUUGAGUGAGCUACAUAAAU